AUGAACAGAUACGCCAAGUACCCGCCCAGCCGCGGUCACCCCGCCCAGGAGCCCGAGGAGCCCCGUGGAGCCCCACUCCAGGAAGAUGUGCACAUGAGCAGCGGCUCUAGCAGAAGUGAAACCAAUGAGAACCGCUCCCCGGGGCUGGACUCGCGGGGCGGCGAGCAGCUGGGGAUGCUGGUGGGGCCACCCAUCGUCCCCCCGGGUCCCGAUGCCUUUGGCCUCAUGAUGGCCAAGUCCAAACACAGCACGUCUGCAAGCGGCUGCAGUGAGUGGUCCACCAAAGCAGAUGCGCACAAGGAGCUGAUAAAAACACUGAAGGAGCUGAAGGUCCACCUGCCAGUAGACAAGAGGGCCAAGGGGAAAGCCAGCAUGCUGGCCACCUUGAAGUACGCGCUAAGGAGUGUGAAGCAGGUGAAAGCCAACGAGGAGUAUUACCAGCUGCUCAUGUCCAGUGAGAACCACCCCUGCAGAGCCAAUGUGCCCUCCUACACCGUAGAAGAGAUUGAGAGUGUCACGUCCGAGUUCAUUGUGAAGAACGCAGGUAUGUUUGCAGCCGCCGUGUCCCUGGUCACUGGGAAAAUCCUGUACAUCUCUGACCAAGUUGCCUCCGUGUUUCACUGUAAAAGGGAUGUCUUCUAUGGCGCCAGGUUCGUGGAGUUCCUGGCGCCCCACGACGUCCGCGUGUUCCACGCCUCCACCACGCCUUACAGGCUCCCGCCCUGGAGCGCGUGCGGCGGAGCAGAUUCGUUUACUCAAGAAUGCAUGGAGGAGAAAUCUUUCUUCUGCCGCGUGAGUGUUGGGAAGAACCACGAGAAUGAGAUUCGCUACCACCCGUUCCGCAUGACGCCUUACCUGGUCAAGGUGCGGGACCCGCAGGGAGCCGGGGGCCAGCUAUGCUGCGUGCUGCUGGCCGAGAGAGUGCACUCGGGCUACGAAGCCCCUAGAAUUCCUCCUGAAAAGAGAAUUUUUACGACCACACAUACACCAAAUUGUCUGUUCCAGGACGUGGACGAACGGGCAGUCCCCCUCCUGGGCUACCUACCUCAGGACCUGAUCGAGACCCCCAUGCUCGUGCAGCUCCACCCCAGUGACAGGCCCUUGAUGCUCACCAUCCACAAAAAGAUUGUGCAGUCCGGCGGGCAGCCUUUCAACUAUUCUCCUAUUCGGUUCCGUGCACGGAAUGGCGAGUACAUCACUCUGGACACCAGCUGGUCCAGCUUCAUCAACCCGUGGAGCAGAAAGAUCUCCUUCAUCAUCGGCAGACACAGAGUCAGGGUGGGCCCUUUGAAUGAGGACGUGUUCUCGGCCCAGUCGCCUGUGGAGGAGAAGGACCUGCACCCCAGCAUUCAGGGGCUCACGGAGCAGAUCCACCGGCUGCUGCUACAGCCCGUCCCCCACAGUGGCUCCAGUGGCUACGGGAGCCUGGGCAGCAACGGGUCCCACGAGCACCUCAUGAGCCAGACCUCCUCCAGUGACAGCAACGGUCAUGAGGACUCCUGCCGGAGGAGGACCGAAAUUUGUAAAAAUGGUGGCAAUGUCAAAAACAAAAGUCAUCCUGGGGAAUCUGGAGAACAAAAGGAAAAAUCUGCAGCAGAAAUGCCAAGUAGUUCCUCUGCUCAGAUGAAAGCUGUCCCCGUGGAACAGGACAGCUCGGGCACCAGGCUGCCCACGGGCGGCUCUCCCGAGGAGCUGGGCUGCAGGAACCCGCCCGCUGGGUCCUACCAGCAGAUCAGCUGCCUGGACAGCGUCAUCAGGUACCUGGAGAGUUGCAGUGAGGCGGUCACCCUCAAGAGGAAGUGUGAGUUCCCGGUGAGCGUGGCGAUGCAGAAGGCCAGCGAUAAGCGACAGGCAGUGGCCAGCCCCGGGCUGCAUUCCGCAGAGACAGCGUUGCCCUCCAGGGUGAACGGCCACGCGGAGCUUAGCGCGCCCCUGCCGCCACUGGUGCUGCCCAGCAAGGCGGAGAGUGUGGCGUCCCUCACCAGCCUGUGCAGCUACAGCAGCACCAUCGUCCACGUGGGCGACAAGAAGCCACAGCCUGAGCUCGAGCUGGUGGAAGAUGCCGUGAGCAGGCCCGAGUCUCCAGCCGGCCGGCCGUGCAUCCUGGGCCUGGAGAAGGAGCCCCUCAGGACGCUGGGCCUCACCAAGGAAGUGCUGGCCGCCCACACCCAGAAGGAGGAGCAGAGCUUCCUGCUCAAGUUCAAGGAGAUGCGGAAACUCAAUGUCUUCCAGUCUCGGUGCCGUUAUUACUUACAGGAAAAGUCCAAGGGGCAGCUGAGUGAGAGAACCAUGCCGGGACUAAGAAAUACCUCUGGAAUAGAUUCAUCUUGGAAAAAAACCGGGAAGAACAGAAAACUGAAGUCCAAACGGGCCAAGCCUCGAGAUUCCUCCGAGAGCACUGGGUCUGGGGGGCCUGCGCCCCACCGGCCCCCACUGAUGGGCCUGAACGCCACAGCCUGGUCACCGUCGGACACAUCCCAGUCCAGCUGCCCCAGGACGCCCUGCCCUGCCUCGGUGCCUGCCUACUCCCUGCCCGUGUUUCCAGCCCCAGGAAUCCUGCCCACACCAGGGACAGUGGUGGCGGCACCCCUGGCCUCCCAGGCCAGCUUUGCAGUGCCCGCCGUGCCCGUGGAUGCCCAGCACAAGUUUGCCGUCCAGCACCCGCCGUUCACUGUCCCCUUGGCCCCAGUCAUGGCGUUGGUGUUACCCAACCACUCCUUCCCUUCGGUGACCCCCAGCCUGCCCCAGGCCUUCUUCCCAGGCCAGGCUAACUCUAUGUCCGAGGUGAUCCCUGCCUCACAGCCCGAGCUCCCUGGUCGGACCUCAUCCCCCAAAGUGCCAUGCACAUGGCCUCAGGCAGAGCGUGGGCCGGCAGCGUCCCGCGCAGCCACCCCGGCCUCCCUGCCGGCCGCCUCUGGGCCCCUGGGCAGAGCCUCUCCUCCGCUCUUCCAGUCCCGGGGCAGCUCACCUCUGCAGCUCAACCUGCUGCAGCUGGAGGAGGCCCCUGAGGGCAGCGCCGCGGCCGCAGCAGCACCAGGGGCCUCAGGGACGGCGUGUGCGGGGCCUGACUGCAGACCUGCCACCUCCUGGGACCGGCAGCCAAAGGCUUCACCAAUCCAUGAGGAACCCACAGACGCCCGGAACAGCGAUGCCCUCUCCACGUCCAGCGGCCUGCUUGACCUCCUGCUGCACGAGGACCUGUGCUCAGCCACAGGGUCAGCCCCGUCUGGGAGUGGAGCCUCGGCAACCUCUGAUUUCCUGGGCUCAGCCUCGCUGGGCUGCGAUACAUCCAGAAGUGGGACAGGCAGCAGUGACACAAGUCAUACCAGCAAAUAUUUUGGAAGCGUUGACUCUUCGGAGAAUAACCACAAAGCAAAAGCGAAGGUGGACAUGGAGGAAAGUGAGCACUUCAUCAAGUACGUCCUCCAGGACCCCGUCUGGCUGCUGAUGGCCGACACAGAUGACAGCGUCAUGAUGACCUACCAGAUGCCUUCCCGGGCUCUGGAAACAGUGUUGAAGGAAGACCGGGAGAAGCUGAGAGCGCUGCAGAGCUCCCAGCCCCACUUCACAGCGCGCCAGAGGCGGGAACUGCAGGAGGCGCACCCGUGGCUGCAGGCCGGCCGCCUGCCCGCCGCCCUGGACCUCGCGGAAUGUGUUUACUGUGAGAAUAAGGGACAAGACGACAUCUGUGUACCGUAUGAGGAAGAUGCUCCAACUCUGGGUCUCAGUGAAGCCACAGACGCCAAAGAGGAGGAAAAUGGAGUCCCCUUGAGUCACAGAUUUGAAGAACGGACCUAA